GCUAAUUAAACUAUUCUUACUCUGUUUUUAAGUCCCGUAAUCUAGGUAGGGUUGCUGCGUUGAUUUGCCAUUCGAGUCAGACAUAGAGAGGGGAAAUGAGAGCUGGAGACCCAUGACACACUUUUCUCUAACUGAGAAACGAAGACGCCCUGUUCACGCAGUGGAGACGUACUGGAAACCAAUUGUAGAGAACAUUACGGACGCCAUAUACGGCAGCAGGAAGACCAUCUGUGUGAUCACCCGGCGUUACCUGCAGAGCGAGUGGUGCUCCAGAGAGAUCCAGAUGGCCAGCUUCCGUCUGUUUGACGAGCAGAAGGAUGUGUUGAUCCUGCUAUUUCUGGAGGAGAUCCCGGCCCACCAGCUGUCUCCGUACUACCGCAUGAGGAAGCUGGUGAAGAAACGCACCUACCUGAGUUGGCCCCAGGCCGGCCAUCACACGGGACUCUUCUGGCAGAACGUAGGGAGAGCUCUGGAGACGGGGGAUGCUCCCACCGAGACCGCUGACCUGCUCACUGGACCGGCAGGAUGCUGAGAUACAUCGGUUGGAAAAAAGCUACAA